ACGUGCAAUCAGGCCACUCUCAAUAAUUAAUCCAUCUGCCUAGCUAGCUCCUCCAAACAGUACCAAUCCCCUCUACUCUCUCUCUCUCUCUUUUCCUUUUCAUAACUGUCUGAAAGUCUGAAUAUGAUGCAUGCCUGCAUGGUAUGUCCUCUCCUCUUGGGCUCUUGAGUGCUACUAGUAUCUUUAUCCAAGCAAGAACAACACAAUUGUGCACAAAGCAAGAAACUCAAGUAGCUACCUCCUCUCCUAAUCUAUAUACGCUCAUCAGCUUAUGUGCAACUCCAGAUACCGACCUAGCAGCUUGCUAUCUAGAGUAUAUAUCAACUCAACUCAAGGAGGAGAAGAAGAAGAAGAAGAAGAAGUGAGCCAUGAAGGAUGGAGUAGCAGGAGGAGGAGGCGAGAGGCCAUGCAUGUGCUACUUCCACCCGCGGGAGGAGGUGGUGGGCGUGUGCUCGCAAUGCCUCCGGGAGCGCCUCCUCCUCCUCCUCGCCUCCAAGACCUCGCCUGCCGCUGCCCACCUCCUCGCCGACCGACCGCUCCACCGCAAGAACAGCAGCAUCUCUCUCCCCAAGGUGUUCGCGCUCGGCUCCUCCUUCCUCCAGCGCCUCGACUCCUCUCGCCACCACCUUCGCCCCGCCCCCCACGACUCCGACGCCAACUCCGACGCCGACACCGCCUCCAUCGCUAGCCUCGAUGAUUCCUUCAUCUCCAUCAAGUUCGAGGACAACGGCAAGGCUACGUGGGACAGCCAGAAGGCCGCCGCCGGCGAGAAAAAGACAGAUACGACGACCACGGCGGUGGUGGAGCACGUGAAGCGGGGCGGCGUAACCCGGUGGCGGAAGCAGGUGGUGGGGCGGCUGCUGCAGCUGGCGCGGUGGAAGAGGUCCGGCAACGGCAAGGCGGCGGCGUGCCACCAGCUGGGGAUCGACGGCAAGAAGACGGCGGAGCGGUCGUCGUCCAAGGGGACGACGGUGAGGGGGAGGGGGAGGGGGAGGAGCUGGAUCCGGACCCUCACCAUCACCAGGCGCCCACCCGCCAUGCCUCUCAGCUAGGAGUAGCUUCUUACCUCCCUCACUCUCUUCACGUACUCUUAAUCUCGUCGGAUUGCUCUGAAUAUAGUAAUACUCUUCAUUUGUUUACUGUAACUACAUGCAUAUUACUACCUAGUACUCCGUAGUAGUAUAUGAUAUGAUAUCCACGGAGGAUCGGAUUGGAGGUACAUGUAUAUGGACUGACGAAUGAAUCACAGCUAGCAGACAAACAAGGAAAGCAGCUGCAUGCAGCAUUGUGUUUUCUGUAAUGUAAUGCAGAGACAUCGAUCCAUCUAUCCGUCUCAUCCAUCUUCUUCUUGUUUUUUUAACUUGCAACUGGGAAUGACGAGGUUUCUGCUCA